AUGGCUACCGGUGCUCGCCUCCAGAACAAGAUAGCCAUUGUCACUGGCUCUUCCGACGGAAUCGGUCGUGCAAUCGCUCUUCGAUACGCUGCUGAGGGAGCAUAUGUAGUAUGUGCUGACCUGGCGCCGGAAUCAAGAGCCAAAGCGAAUGAUGGAGAAUUGUUGAAACCAACUCACAAAGCUCUGGACGAAAAAUACCCGGCUGUCUCGGGAGGACCUUUCUCACAUAGGUCGAUAUUUAUUAAGACAGACGUUUCGAUUGAUGCCGAUGUGAAGGCGUUAGUGAGUGGCUGUGUGAAGGAGUAUGGGCGGCUGGAUAUUAUGGUGAAUAACGCCGGUAUUGGGCCUAAUUAUAACCAUGAUCCAACUCUACGCCUCCAUGAAACUCCUGAACAUUCUUGGGAUAGGAUCAUGGGGGUGAAUGGAAAAGGUGUCUGGCUAGGAUGCAAAUAUGCAGCUGCCCAGAUGCUUGCUCAGGAACCAUCCUCCACCGGUGACAGGGGUUGGAUCAUCAAUACUGCGUCGGUAAUGGGUCUAGUUGGAAUACAGUGUGGUAGCGCAUAUUCUGCUUCUAAAGGAGCUGUCGUCAAUCUCACUAGAGCAGUUGCCCUAGAAUAUGGUGCUGAUAGAAUCCAUGUAAAUGCCAUAGCCCCUGGCUUCGUGCAGACCCCAUUGAUGGAAGAUCUAGCUCCUCAAGAUAGCGGAAAUCCAGUCAUAGAAGGCAUACGUACCUCCUUUGCGGACAAGCAACCAUUUGAAUCCCGGCUUGCUAAAGCGGAGGAGGUAGCAAGUGUGGCAGUGUUUCUUGCUUCAGAAGACGCUAGCUUUGUAACUGGCCAUACUCUUGCAGUGGAUGGAGGCUCUCUAGCUCCAUAG